UCGAUUCAAGCGAAACAUCCACAACUGAUGGUCUUGAAAAAUUCAAAUGUUUAUUAACUGAGUACAUAUGUUUUUUUGUGUGUUUUUAAACAGUUCUUGUAUUUUGUGGUGCCUUUUUCUGUUCUUGAAUUUCUGUGUCUAUCGAAGAAUUGCAUUGCAUUUUGUAGCAUCGCAGAAUGGCUGUUAGCGCGUCCUUUCAUCGAAAUGUCUUUUUAUUAAAUCAAUUAGUCCCGCCAAGUGAUGAUUUUAAAAAGGUUUUUCGCGAGGGAAUAUUCGAUAAACCGAAUAUUGCAGGAUUUGUACAGGUUUCUCAUUAUCUGUUAAUGAUAUGUGAUGCCGAGCGUUUUAGAAAACUAAUUGAAUGGCCAGUAUUGUGUAAGAAGACGGAAGCAAAAUAUCGUAAUGAUGUCAAAGACUAUUUGAAUAUUAUUGCUGUGGAGAAUCCUGAUAUGGGAUUUCCACAUAUACUCGCUACAUAUCUGCAUCAUGCAAGUGGUACUAAGUUUAUGCUGAUAAUGUGGAAAUUAUCUCAACUUGCAUUAAAGAGGUAUCUUAUGCGUAAUGGUGAACAUGAAGUUAUAUCUGCACCGAAACAAGGUCCUGCAAUUGAUCUAAUUAGAACAUACCUACAACAGGCCAAAGCGAGUGUAGCUUGUAAUACAUUGAGCCAUCAUAGAAAUUGCAUACAAAUGGAAAAGGCAGUGAAUUUUGCAUUGGCAGAAGAGAAGGAACAACUGGCUAAAAUUAAAACAGAACUGUUUGACAAGAAACAGUUUGUGACGAAAUGCAUAACUACAGCACCUGUUUCUACCUUCAUAAAACAACGUUUGAAUAAUGUUGAGGAUUCAGAGAUUAUAGAAAUGUGGAAAAGUAGUUUAGACAAAAACAUACGUUACAUACAAAAACAGAACACAAUUUUGAAAGAUCUGGAAAAAAUAUGUGAGAAUAUAAGUAGCAUAAUAGUGAAUCUCUUGAGUGAUGCAAAAGUGCUAAAUGGCAAACAGUUGGAAAAAAUCAAUUGCUCUCUGAUAUCGGAAUUACCAUUUCCACCUGACAUUCAGCAUUAUCUUUAUCAUUUAUAUAAUGAUAACCAAUUAGUAUAUCACAAUUUUAUUCAUCUGUACACUUUAAUACUCUAUCAAGUGUAUCAAUGUCUGAGGAAAGAUGAGUUAGUAGACUUAUCGCAAUGCCUGUUGCAAGUGGAAGCGAGUGUAGAUGAUAUGAAGUCCAUGUACAAUAUAUUCAAAACUAUCUUGACAAAUAUGAAAAAUUCUAUAGAGGAGACACAAAGUAUCUCUUGUGAGAAAAAUAUGGAUUACAUGUCCAGAGAAAAUGUGUUACCCUUUGUAAAUAGCGUGCUUCUCAUGCCGUCGCCUCUUAUCAAAAUUAAUACUAACUGCGCCGAUGAAACGAAUGAUUUACAGAGAUUAUUGCAACUUACUCCGGGUGAAAUUGCCCAUAAAUCGUUAUUCUCGAGAUAUAUGCGAUACAAGAGGAUCCAUACCCCAGAUAUGAGAACGAAUUUAUUCGUAUCACGUAUCAAUAUCGAUAGCACUAUGUCGUUAGAUAAUAACGAUAAACGAAGCUUGAGUUUGCGUUUUAUGACGCCUAAAAUGAAUAAAUUGUCCAAAAGAGUAACAGGAAAAUAUUCCCGGUUAUUUUCCACAUACAUGAAUAAAAAUAUAAAAGCCAAUUCUAGCAUGAUUUCUCUACCAUCUACUGUACAAGCCAAUUCUUCUACCAUUGCAAGUACAGUAGGAGAGAUGCCCAAUAUAUCGGAUUUUAAUUUGGAUGCUAUAGCAAGGGGUUACUUUAAUCUGAGUGAAGAAUCUCUUACAAUCCCUUGUAUAUCUACAUCUGCACAGUUUACUCCAAUAAAACAGAAUAUCUCGAGAGAUAUGUAUCAAGAACAGACGAGAGACAAACUCGAUCAUGAGUCCAAAGUAAAUAAACUCAAGCUAGAUGACUUUACAGAAGUACAGUUUGUGAAUGAUGAGAACCAAGGCACAGUUGUAAAGCAUGAAAACAAUUCAAGAAGACGGUCUAUUAGCGACUUGGUAGAACGUUAUAAGAAGUUGCUCGAGGUCAGCAGUUCUACUACAAUAAAGUUUCAAACAGAGUGCAAAAAACAAGAAGUUGAAUAAAAGCAAAAACAAAGAUAAGUGAUGCACGUAUUACGGACAGAUAUUGGUUUUUGUCAAAACUAAGAAGGAACCUAAUUAUUAAUUACCUCAUCGUGAUUCUCUUCCUUAUUUCCCUCAUCGUCAUCUCCAGAGCUGUCCCCUCC